AAGAGAGAAUCUCGGACUGUAUGUCUCUUCCGUCGGAUGCUGUUUUAUGUCAAUAUGAUAACAUGCACACCGACCUUUUUCGUUCGUGGCCGCUUCUUUUGUCGUGCCGUUAGGUCGCUUCUGUCCCAUAUCCACAGUUCCUGACAAGGACUACACGUGACUGCGGCUCCGUUGGAGCUCUUUGGCGAGCAUUCUCAGUUGCCUGCACUGAUUAUGCGGCCUCUGGCAUCGACAUUCCUCCACCCUACAGUCGCCGGUUGCUAAGGUUCUGUGUCUGAGAUAGUGGCAACUCCUGUGGCUUCCUAAUCGCGUGCCGACAGCGCUUACAUAGGCAAGCAAACUAAAUGUGGCGGGAAAAUGUUGUCUCGCCAUGCGUGGAAUCAAAUCACAAAAACGAUGUGCGACCCACAUUAGCGGCGACACGCUGAAGAGCAACGUCUUUAUUUCCUUGUCACCAAGUCGUAUGGCUGUCGAAAGCUUGCUGCUCUCGACUGGACACACUGCCAGAGUGACCCAGCUCUGAGUCCCUCAGUGUCCCAGCCCGCUGACUGAGACACUCGCCCAGCCUCCCAUGACAUAAUGUCAUGUGGUUACCACGCAGCGAGCUGCUGCUUGAAGAAAGGAGAGAGCGAUUCGACAAAUUUACGUUUUCAAAUGAAAAAUUAGGGUACACUUGUUCUUUUAUCACCAUAUCGACGGGACUGUCGGUCGUGGCAGCUGUGGUCUGAAAACCGCUUCACGAAAUAUUGCGAUCCACGGAACUGUAGCAAUGAAGGGGUCUAUUUUUCGAGCUGCAUGUCUGACCCUGCUCGUGGGAGCCGCUCUUUCGUGCGUCGCGACGGAAUCCAGCGACCCCAAGACUGAGGCUGAUUUCACCGCCACUAUCCCCAAAGGGGGACUCGAAAAGAAUGUGGAGAAAGUCUUUAAUCUCGGUCCGUCUAGCGCUCUUCAAGUCAUUGACGAGACCGACAGUGUCGUUUAUCUGCGCGAAAAAAUCAAGAGCUCAGGUGAGACUGUGGCGGACCGGUUCAGUGCCGCGUAUGAAUAUGAGAAUGGAGCGUGUGGUUUCACAAAGAGGAUCAAAUUCAACGGAGUAUUCCCCGGAUACGCGACGCCUCUCUGGGUUGUCGAGGAGUUGACUUCGGCCACUCGUGCUGCGGCAUCGAAUGCAGGAACCAGCACGUCCACUUCGCCGACAUCUUCUACAUCUGGCCAGGCACAGGAAGAAGAAAGUACCAAACCUCAAGGCCAAGAUGACCACCCUGUAGCUCCGAAUCCCCCGCAUGCGUCUCCUUCAAGCGAAGGUUCGGUUCCCGGUGUGCAGGACCACAUCGGUCAAGAAUAGGAUGCUGACAGAGUUGAAGACGAAGAGGGUCCUAGCUCGCAUCCUCAAGGUCCUUCAGGUGACCACAGCAGCGCAAGUUCGCCAGUUACUCCACCUGGGACUGAUGCUUCAGGACACGCCCAGAACUUACAAGUGGUUUCGGUGCUUCUCCGGAAAAAACACCCGGCUCCGAACCGGGAAAUGGUGGACAUGGUCUCGCGAGCGACAGUAUCCAAGGGCACAACGGUGCUGAGAUCAGACGCUUCGCUGAAACACCUGCAGGGACAGGAGCGUUCUUGACGAUUAUAGUACACUCCGCAACGUGGUGUCUUACAAAUGGAGUAACUGCACUGUCACUUUCUAUUCCUACAGUGGCAACUGCAUUGCUGGCGGUCUCGUAAGUGUGUGUUCGUGUUCACGACCCACAUGGACAAAGAGAGAGAUGAAAAGCAAGGGAGCAGUCCUUGAAUUUGUCUGUAGGUCAGAACAGGUGGCCCAACCGAGGUGAAUCCACAGUAGUGACAGUGCCGUAGAGUCGCGCAAACUCACGGUGGAUCUUUGGUCGUCUCGAAUGCGCUCCUUGUGGGACGACGCCCGUAUAUCCAAUCUCUUCGUUUUUCAGGAAAAAUAACGGGAGGCAUAUUGCAUGGAUUUUGUUUUCGCUGCCAAGUGCUGCUAUUGUUAAUUAAGAACGGUUUCAAAGGCUUCUACCAACUAUCGGUUGUUGCUUCGGUGUUGUGCGACAAAGUCACAAGGAGCUACGUUGUGACACCCUUUCAUUAUGUCGUCGGCACCCUUGAACGCGACUGGGGCUCCAAUUGACAACUGAAGUUUCCUGACGGACUGUGUAGAGAUCGCGUUUUCGUCGUACAGGAAGUGACAGGUCUCAAUAGAUUUGAAUCUGCGCCGUGCACAUCAAAGUGUGGAAGGUAAUGACAGACUAGCCAGUUAGACGAGAUCACCCACACAAGGGCGUGUCAGGCGGGAGUCUACAAUUCGAACAGAGCAGCGUUUGCGUAUAGGAUACUAAACCAAAGUAGUAUGCGCCUACAGCGUGCGAGCAACCACGAACACCAAAUGGGCAUUGAAAUCCAACGCGUUUAGCCGUCAGUAGUGAGGCAGGGUGACC